CACAUUGAGCUUCACAGAGCAACCGACACACAAACAUCUGCUCUGGACUCCCACAGAAGACAUCAGGACGGCCCUCAAACCAUGUUCAGAAUUCUCCUUUUAACAUUGAUUUCACUGCUGGCUGUUUUGGGGCCGCAUGUGAGUGGAGCAGGACGCUUCGAGCGCUCUAUCAACAGACCCGUCAGAUCAGUGCUGAGGGUCCAUAACGGGAUGAGAUGGGGCUCGUGGGGGCAGAAGGAAAUAUGUCCAACUGGAAUGUACGCCACAGGGUUUAGUCUAAAGGUGGCGGGUACAUGGGAAUCUCUGCUGGUUGGUGAUAACACAGCACUCAAUGGGAUUCGUCUUCACUGCAUCAACCCGUCCAAACGCUCAUCGGGCCCGUAUGAGGACUACGCCACAGUUCAAUCGGACGUAGGAAGUUGGGGUAAAUGGACAGACAUAAAAUGGUGCUCGACUGGAUUCCUGACAUCUUUUCAGCUGAGAGUGGAACCCUACCAAGGGACCUGGGACGACACGGCCGCAAACAAUAUCAGGUUCAACUGCAGUGGAAAUGCAGAACAACUGCAGGGAUCUGGGAUGUCAUGGGGCGAGUGGGGCGACUGGAGUGAGACGUGUGGAGGAAAAGGAAUCUGUGGCAUUGAGACGAUGGUAGAGCAGCCGCAGGGAGUCGGAGACGACACGGCCCUCAAUGACGUGCGCAUGUUCUGCUGUGAUUGAAAUGAUUGAGAAACUGGAAUUUUUUAAUGCAUCAUCAGUAAACCAUAUCUUCAGUAGUGCUUUACUUUUGGGCAGAAUGAAUUGAGCAGAUUUUUUUUAUGGUAAUUAUGAUUUUUUUCCCCCCCUUCAUAUUUAAUGGAUGGCAAUAAGAACAGCAGCAACAUCCAAUAUUAAAAGAUCUUGAACAUACUGGAGAAUUUGCUUAUGUUUCCUCACGUUUGUGACUAUUAGUCAUCAAUGUAGUAAAUACAUUUCUAUAAAGUUACUACAUGUGAUUCUGUAAAUUGACAUUAAAAAUGUGAAUUAAGUAUA